GGGAAGAGGCGCAGCUUCUGCUAGGCUCUCGCUCUCCCCUGGGGCUGUCAGGUUCACGGAGCUGGCAGGAGGUGAGGGUGGGUGGGUGGCCGGCCAGCCUGCCUGUUGUCAGCAACUCCUGGGCUGGUUGGCAGCCUUGCCCACACUCCCCAUCCUCGUCGGAGGCCGGCAGUGGCCGCAGCAGCUGGACAGGCGGCAGCUCCAGCCCGAAGCUGCCCUUGGCCGGGGCAGGAGCCCGGUUCCCUCCCGGGGGAAGGGAAGCAGGCGAAGCAACACUGCAGUUCUGGCUGCCCGCUUUCUCUCUCCCUUCUCUUCCUUUCUGUGUUCAAGUCACAUGACAUGGGACUCUGUUCUUUCGGGACUUCGUCAUCUUUUCAAAUAUGUCCUGGGACCUCUGGAGCUGGCACAGGGAUGCUGAGGACAGGGUCGGCGGAUUGCCGCGGCUGUACCCAUGAAAGGAUUCAAGCUGUCCUGCACGGCCAGUAACUCCAACCGCAGCACGCCGGCCUGCUCCCCUGUCCUCCGGAAGCGGUCUCGCUCGCCAACCCCGCAGAGCCCGGACGGAGACGCCAUGGUGGAGAAGGGCUCGGACCACUCCUCGGACAAGUCCCCGUCCACGCCGGAGCAGGGCGUGCAGCGCAGCUGCUCCUCGCAGUCCGGCAGGAGCAGCGGCAAGAACUCCAAGUCUCACAAGCGCCUCUCAAAAUAUGACAGACUUAACCUGAUUAAAAAAAGCCAGAGCUGGUAUAACGUGCUGAGCCCCACUUACAAGCAGAGGAAUGAAGACUUCAGAAAGCUCUUUAAGCAACUCCCAGACACGGAGCGCCUCAUCGUCGACUACUCAUGUGCACUCCAAAGAGACAUUCUCCUUCAGGGCCGACUCUACCUCUCGGAAAACUGGAUCUGCUUCUACAGCAACAUCUUCCGCUGGGAAACUCUGCUGACUGUCCGUUUAAAAGACAUCUGCUCCAUGACUAAGGAGAAAACAGCUCGCCUCAUUCCCAACGCCAUCCAAGUUUGCACUGAUUCAGAAAAGCACUUUUUUACUUCAUUUGGAGCCCGCGACAGGACGUACAUGAUGAUGUUCCGGCUGUGGCAGAAUGCUCUCCUGGAAAAGCCCCUGUGCCCCAAGGAGCUCUGGCACUUCGUCCACCAGUGCUACGGCAGCGAGCUGGGCCUGACCAGCGACGACGAGGACUACGUGCCCCCCGACGACGACUUCAACACGAUGGGCUACUGCGAGGAGAUCCCUGUGGAAGACAACGAGGUGAACGACAGCUCGUCCAAAAGCAGCGUCGAGACCAAGCCGGACGCCAGUCCCCAGCUGCCCAAGAAGUCUGUCACCAACAGCACGCUGACAUCCACGGGGAGCAGCGAGGCCCCCGUCUCGUUUGACGGCCUGCCCCUAGGGGAGGAGGUGCUGGAAGGCGACAGGUCCCUAGAGAAGGAGCUGGCCCUCGACAGCGUCAUUGGAGAGAAGAUGGAGAUCAUUGCACCUGUGAGCUCCCCUUCACUGGACUUCAAUGACAACAUGGACAUCCCCACUGAGCUCAGCGACUCUUCCGACACCCACGAUGAAGGGGAGGUGCAGGCCUUCUAUGAAGACCUGAGCGGCCGGCAGUAUGUGAAUGAAAUCUUCAACCUCAGCGUGGACAAGCUGUACGACCUCCUGUUCACCGACUCGCCCUUCCAGCGGGACUUCAUGGAGCAGCGGCGCUUCUCAGAUAUCAUCUUCCAUCCCUGGAAGAAGGAGGAGAAUGGAAACCAGAGCCGACUGAUCCUUUACACCAUCACCCUCACCAACCCUCUGGCUCCCAAAACUGCCACCGUCAGGGAAACACAGACCAUGUACAAGGCGAGCCAGGAGAGCGAGUGCUACGUGGUGGACGCCGAGGUGCUCACCCACGACGUGCCGUACCACGACUACUUCUACACCAUCAACCGCUACACACUCACGCGCGUGGCCCGGAACAAGAGCCGACUCAGGGUCUCCACGGAGCUGCGCUACAGGAAGCAGCCCUGGGGGCUGGUGAAGACCUUCAUCGAGAAGAACUUCUGGAGCGGGCUGGAGGACUACUUCCGCCACCUGGAGAGCGAGCUGACCAAAGUUGAGAGCACCUACCUGGCUGAGAUGCACAGACAGUCUCCCAAAGAGAAGGCCAGCAAGCCCCCCACGGUGCGGAGGAGGAAGCGUCCCCACACCCACCUGCGGGUGCCCCACCUGGAAGAGGUGAUGAGCCCCGUCACCACGCCCACUGAUGAAGAUGUGGGCCACAGAAUCAAGCACGUGGCAGGCUCCACGCAGACACGGCACAUCCCGGAGGACACCUCCAAUGGUUUCCACUUGCAGAGCGUGUCCAAGCUGCUGCUGGUGAUCAGCUGUGUUCUGGUGCUGCUGGUCCUCCUCAACAUGAUGCUUUUCUACAAACUCUGGAUGCUGGAAUACACCACCCAGACCCUCACUGCUUGGCAGGGUCUGAGGCUCCAAGAAAGGGGUCUGGGAGCACAGGACAGUCCACUGAGCAUAACUCCAGCUGCUGGGGGACCCCUUCUUGCACCCCACAGGUUACCCCAGUCUCAGACAGAGUGGGCCCAGCUCUUAGAGUCCCAACAAAAGUACCACGAUACUGAGCUCCAAAAAUGGAGAGAGAUCAUCAAAUCCUCGGUGAUGCUUCUUGACCAGAUGAAGGACUCACUCGUCAGUCUUCAGAACGGCAUCAGGUCCCGCGACUACACGUCAGGGAGUGACGAGAAGAGGAGCCACGGUCACUGACACGGCAGGAGCAGGACGGCUGCAGGAGCCUGUGCAAUACGUGUACAUAGACCAUAUAAAUAUAUAGAUAUAUAAAUAUAUAUAUACAGAGCAUAAAUAUAUAUAUAUUAUAUACAGAUUUUAAACAGAGAUCAUGCCUAUGUACCAGGGAGAAGGAGCUGGACCGCCUCCUGUGCUGGCCAGUGGAGGGGCCGAGGAGGGCAGGGACCACCUCUCAGCACCACCCUCCCCGAUUCCCCUCCCCACCCCCUCGUCCCCACCCUUUCCCUUGCUGGCCAUUCUUGGCUCUGUGAAGGGAAAUGUUGAGCCAAAGUUAUGCCUGUGAAGACUCUGGAGUCUUGAAAGAAGUCUCAAGGGGGCAUUACUUACGGUGCUUCAUUCCCUAAUCCCCUUUGAUUUGUUUCCAAAAUAAAAGGGAAUCUUUCCUUCCCUACCCCGCGCUUCCACGGAUGCUCUCCUGGGAACAAGGAAGCAUCAAGGGCAGCAGCCGGAUCCACACGCCACCUGUGAGACCACCCCCUGUAUCUGGACCGUAGACUGCGUGCCAGGGGAGGACGGUCGGGCAGCCAGAAGGCCGUCCUGGUGGGCUUGGGCCCUGUGGCUGCAGCUCCUCAGACCUGUGUCCUGAAGGCUUGCUGCCCGAUCAUCCCCGCCCCUUCCCCUGGCCCGCGUCGGGUGUGGGCCGCUCAGGGCUGGGCACCCGUACCUGCCACCCCCACCGCCCUUCUCUCUGAACUUCUCCCGGGCUGGAUCUGGGUGAAGUGUCACUUUCUAGUGCCUAAAGCCCGAUUUUUUCUCUGUGCCCCAAGAGCACAUUGUUUCUUAGCCAGGGUGAAGCAUUUUUUUAUCUCGUUAAAUCUGUUUUCGUAGUUGUAAGCACGUCAGGUCUGUGGCUCUGGUUCCUUCCCCUUGAGCUGCCGGUUUGAUCUCCAGGAGGAGCGAGGGAGCGUAGGACCUUCAGGGCUUGAGAGAGCAAAUGCCCGGCAGUGCGGGCUCGUGGGUCUAACCGGAGAAUGCCGAGUGGUGACACCGAUUCCCAAACACGAACUGGCGACCAGCAUCAUUGACUCUCAGUGAAAAGCCAGCUGUGGUCAGGGAGACGACUGUUCAGACACCUUGCGACGGAAGAAGACCUAAGCCCUUGGAGGGAGUGGGUUUGCCAAGGUGCAUGUGUUUGGGCGUGAAAAAGCCUGAUGGAGCCUCUGCCCGAGGGGCCAUUCCAAACCCCCGGUUUCCCGGACGGCGGCGUCCGGCAGAGGGAGCAGCCUUCUCUAGUGUCCGCACCAGGGGUCUGAUAUCACUGAGGAGAGGCCAGAGACUGCAGGUUAGGAACAUACGAUCUCCAGGGCCUUUUCAGGGUUGGCUCCCCAGGACCCCCUGCACUUCCCUGACUUUGUGGGACCCUUCUGGGCAUGCUUAUCACCCUUCAUACACGAAUUACUGUCUGUCCAUCUGACAACACAGGAGCCCAGCCAGCUAGCGUGCAUGUGCCACCUUAGGAGCGAAGGAGGAUGACGAAGGAGGCGGGCACCCGGUCCCGGGCCAGGGCCUCACUGCUCACUCCUGCCCCGACGAUGGAUGGGAGGCCUGUGCAGGUGGAGGCCACGGGCCUGAGCCCAGUGGGGAGCAGCAGUGCAGACCGUAGACGUCUUCCUGCUGCCAUAGCCAGAAGUCAGAAUUAUUCCCAGGCACUUCUAAGAACAAAUGGCUCAAUUCUCUCGUUUAUUCCACACACACUUAUUUAUUUAAAUCACUCAGUUAUUAAGGGUCCCGUGGUGGGACCUUUUAUAUGACAUAAGGGUUCUUUGCAGGGAGCAGAGGGAUGUGAGUUCGCCUGCUACACAGUGUGCUUCUACUCCACUUCUCGGGCCCGUUCCAGGCAAGAGCAGGCAGCAGGGAGGGAGGUAGUUCGGUCGAGGAACCCGCUUGAUUCCUGGGGAUUUGAGCCCGGAGACAGUGUGUGCACAUCAUGGACUUCUUGCCGGAGCUCUCUGUUCCAACGUUUUCUGAUUUUCAAACCAGGAGAAAACCAGCAGCUGCUCACUCCCUCGUUCAGUAUCUGUCCAGGAGGAGGGCGCUCACCCUCGCAGAUGAGUCUGGGAGAGAAGCGCAUAGACCACAUUUAACCCACGGCCAGCAGCCUGGCUCGUGGCUGACUGCAAGGGGGCAGCACCGCCACCUCUUACCCUUCUUCCAGCCACUGCUUGUUCUGUUCGCUAAGAACUGGGGCCACGGCGGCCUUCCUGCUAGGAGUCAUGUGGCAAAGCAUUUGAGAGCUUGCGCUCAGUUUCAAAGACUUUGCAAAGUUUGUAGGGUCUACACUUCCACUCCGGCGCACUGUGGAGGAGUUGACAGGAUUUGCCAUGGGAAGCCAGUCAUGUCUACGACUCUCCUUCCCCUCCACCUCCCUUGGACGGGGGUCAUCUGGGCCAGUAAGAUCAGCCACUGGAAACUGUUAGAGCACCGGGCUGAGAGCCCGGAGACCCGGCCUGAGUCCCCGCCCUGCCGCUGGACCAGUCACUGCCCCUCUGAGCUUCUGUGUCCUCAUUCGCAACAAGGCGGGGUUGGUCUAGAUGCCUCCCACGCAGGUUCUAGAGUUCGCGGUGUUUGGGAGGCUACGUCAGAGACUGGCAAGGCUGGGCUUCCUUAGGCGUGGAAGGUUCUCUCCGGGCUGGAGCCUCCCUGCUGUUUCGAUGAGCGACAGGGCCGUGUCUGGGUUCCCAGGACGGGAAGGGUAGCCACACUUUCUUUUUUUCUGAGCUAGGAGGGUUAGGGAGACCCAGUGGGAUGGGGGCGUCAGUAUGGGUGGGGAGGCAGAGAGAGAGAUUAGCUGGCUGUGUUGCUCAGUAUUAACCUAACAUGCGUGUCCUCCUUGACUGGCCUAGUCUUAGUUUGGGAAGGGGCCUUCCUUUGGGUGUUCUCUAAGAGGAGGAAGGGGAUAAGGGCAAGAAGUGCACCAUCUCGGAUGGAGCCUACCUUCCAUCCGGGGCUCCGAAGCCUUUCAUUGACCACCUCCUUCCUCCUCACUGGAGAGAGUGGAGAGAAGUCCUGCCCGGUCCUAGCACUUCACUUUUGGCUCCACCCAAGCCUCCUUGGGGUUUGGAUUAGCGAGGAGCUUUGGGUUGCCUUAGAGCACUGGCAGUGAGCCCCUGGGCUGGCCAGGAGUGGGGAGGACGGAGGGACCCGGAGGAGUGCACUGUUAGCGGGGGUCCUCUCCGUGUCCCUGACCCAGCCCAGGCGCGGACCGUGUCUGACACCUUCCCUGGCAGAGCCUCUAGGCUGCGAUCUUGGAGAAAGGACGAGGGGAGGAGUCUCUGGACUGUGUGGUCUCAGAAGGACCCUUCUGUGCGCGCUGCUUUGGUGCUCUGCCGGCAGCAAGCCAGCCCCCCCGCCCCCCGAAGAAAUAGCGCUCUUCCCCCGGCCCCCAGUGGCAGGGCUGUGGCCUCCCUUCCUCGUGCUCUGACUCCACCUGCCCGCUCCAGCUCAGAACUCAGAACCUCUCUUCCCAGCCCCUCCUCCCCCACCCCUGUCUCUAGGCUGUGGGACAAUCAUCCCGUCCACCACGUGGCAUCUGACCCUCGUUCCCCAACCUGCGGCCAGCUGGUCCCACUCUCCACCUCUGUGUUUUCUUCCAGAAGAUGCACUUGGGGUCCAAGAGGAGUGUUUUUCUGGAAGGCCAUCUUUUAAUGCCCCCGCUCCCCUGACUGGGAGCAGGAUUUGCACACAGUGUAGAGGGCUCCCCUCCCCCUCUGCCCGGCCCUGCCUUCUGUCCUGACGCGGGGUCCUAGCAGGCCUGGGAGCCAUGGCUGCCGGAGGAGCAGCUGCCUGUCAAGAGGAGCUGAUGCCAGACGACCUCCGGGACACGGAGGUGUAGAGGGCACUGUCGUCUCUGCUCCUUGUUCCUCCUCGCCGCUCUCGACACAGCGACACUGCAGAAGCUCCAGGCCAGACAGCUGGCUGUGUCUGGGGGGCCGGCCGGCCGGGGCGCCCCGUGCGGAGACUGCAGCGGAAGCAGCCAUGGUUGCCAGCACCAGUGUGCGGCUCCCUACUUGUCCCUGCCCCACACCCUGGGGCCAGACUGCUCUGCAUGGACCCGAUCAUCUUCCCAAACCCAUGGUGCUUCUCCUCCCCCCCCACCCCACGCACCCUAGGUUCCAGGGUAGGCAGGGUUGGCUCAGAGGCUGCCGUGGCCCCUGGACAGUCUGACACAGGUGGGGUGGGGUGAGGACAGGCAGCCGCCCCAGCACUGCACUGGGCCACGUGUGGGAAGGAACACAGGUCGAUGACGGUGGAGUUGUCUGGCCACUUGCAUUUGGAUCUGUGACUACUUUGCCUGGCGCUGUGCGCAGGGUCCGAAAACUUACUGCUAUACCUAGAAACACACAAGGCUUCCCAGCCAAAUCUCACUGUAAAGUAGCUAGAGCCAUGGAAGUACUGUAUGAAUUAAAAGAAAAAAUA